CGCGGCGCUCCGUACUCGAGCACAGACCGAAUGAACGGAAUCAGCGGCUGUCUGCGGCUCCGGCGUCGGCUCGAGCUCGUUUAUUAUAUUGAGGGCUGAGUCUGUGGCAUGUCCACCCCGGAGCCCCCGUUAGGAGGCACGCCCUGCCCGGGGCCCUCGCCUGGUCCGGGCCCGUCUCCAGGGGCCGUGCUGGGGUCCGGACUGUCCCCUGGAUCCUCACACAGCAUGAUGGGCCCCAGUCCCGGACCAGCCACUUCCACAGGACUCUCCUUUCCUCCGCAAGCGUCUGCGGGAUACAGCCAGGAGAGUCUGCACCAGAUGCACAAGCCGGUGGAGGAGAACCUUUCAGAAGACGCUCGCUUCACUCAGAUGAAGGUGGUUCCAAUGAGGAUGACCCGUCCAGGGAGCCCAAUGGACCAGCACUCACAAGGAUUCCCGUCUCCGCUGGGCUCUUCAGAGCUCGUGUCCAGUCCCGUGUCCGGUCCUCUCCUGUCCACCUCCGGCUUCGCUGCACUCGUCUGUGGUGACUUUAGUAAAGGGUUAGUUUGUGCCGGUUGCUCCGCAGGGAUGGUGGGACCCAACAUGCCUCCUCCUGGACCUUCUGGAGUCCCGGCUGGUGUUCAGGGCCAGAACCACAACGGGCCCCCGAAACCGUGGCCUGAAGGUCCUCUGGUCAAUGCGGCGACCCCCUCGAACGCUCCUCAGAAGCUGAUGCCGCUGCAGCCCACCGGACGCCCCUCUCCUGCACCCCCGUCUGUGCCACCGGCCGCUUCUCCGGUCAUGCCACCGCAGACCCAGUCUCCAGCACACCUGGGCCACUCGUCUCAGCCCGCCACCAUGGUGCCACUGCACCAGAAGCAGAACCGCAUCACGCCGGUUCAGAAGCCCUGCGGUCUGGACCCGGUGGAGAUCCUGCAGGAGAGAGAGUACAGGCUGGAAGCUCGUAUCACUCACCGUAUUCAGGAGCUGGAGAAUCUUCCAGGGUCUCUGGCUGGAGAUCUGCGCACCAAAGCCACGAUUGAGCUCAAAGCGCUCCGACUGCUCAACUUCCAGAGACAGCUGCGUCAGGAGGUGGUGGUUUGCAUGAGACGCGACACGGCCUUAGAAACCUCACUGGACUCAAAGGGCUACAAGCGCAACAAGAGGCAGUCGUUACGUGAGGCACGAAUCACAGAGAAACUAGAGAAACAGCAGAAGAUCGAACAGGAACGCAAACGCAGGCAGAAGCACCAGGAAAAUGUGAGUGUGUGUGUGUUUUGCAGGCAUGCUAAACAGGACGUGGAUGAUGAGUACGGCAGCGCAGCGUUUGCUCGUGGGUUACAGUCGUAUUACGCCGUGGCUCAUGCGGUCACUGAGCGGGUGGACAAACAGCCGUCUUUGCUAAUCAACGGUCAACUCAAGCAAUACCAGGUCAAGGGUCUGGAGUGGCUGGUGUCUCUCUAUAACAACAAUCUGAAUGGGAUCCUGGCGGAUGAGAUGGGUUUGGGCAAAACCAUCCAAACCAUCGCUCUCAUCACGUACCUGAUGGAGAACAAGCGUCUGAACGGACCCUACGUCAUCAUCGUGCCGCUCUCGACUCUGUCUAACUGGGUCUAUGAGUUUGAUAAGUGGGCGCCGUCUGUCGUCAAAGUCUCGUAUAAGGGAUCUCCUGCUGCUAGAAGAGCCUUCAUCCCACAGCUGCGCAGCGGCAAGUUCAACGUGCUGAUCACUACAUACGAAUACAUCAUCAAAGACAAGCAUGUGCUGGCCAAGAUUCGCUGGAAGUACAUGAUCGUGGACGAAGGCCAUCGCAUGAAGAACCAUCACUGUAAGCUGACGCAGGUGUUGAACACGCAUUACCUGGCUCCACGGCGUGUGCUUCUGACCGGGACCCCGCUGCAGAACAAGCUGCCCGAGCUCUGGGCGCUGCUCAACUUCCUGCUGCCCACCAUCUUCAAGAGCUGCAGCACGUUUGAGCAGUGGUUCAACGCUCCCUUCGCCAUGACCGGAGAGAAGGUGGAUCUGAACGAGGAGGAGACCAUCCUGAUCAUCCGCCGCCUGCACAAGGUGCUCCGCCCCUUCCUGUUGCGCCGGCUGAAGAAGGAAGUGGAGGCGCAGCUGCCUGAGAAGGUGGAGUACGUGAUCAAGUGUGACAUGUCUGCGCUGCAGAGGGUCCUGUACCGACACAUGCAGGCCAAAGGAGUGCUGCUGACCGACGGCUCCGAGAAGGACAAGAAGGUGAGCAAGAAGAGCUCUCUGGAGAUCAUGUUCAGCACGACUAAAGCAGAGGAUCGUGGGAUGCUGCUGAAGACCUUCAAUGAUCCGGCCUCUCAGUGCUUCAUAUUCCUGCUGAGCACCAGAGCGGGUGGACUGGGCCUCAAUCUGCAGAGCGCGGACACCGUCAUCAUAUUUGACAGCGACUGGAACCCUCAUCAGGACCUCCAGGCGCAGGAUCGAGCGCACCGCAUCGGACAGCAGAACGAGGUGAGGGUUCUGCGGCUCUGUACCGUCAACAGCGUCGAGGAGAAGAUCCUGGCGGCCGCUAAAUACAAGCUGAACGUGGACCAGAAGGUGAUCCAGGCCGGCAUGUUCGACCAGAAGUCGUCGAGUCACGAGCGCCGAGCGUUUCUGCAGGCCAUUCUGGAGCACGAGGAGCAGAACGAGGAAGAGGACGAGGUGCCGGACGAUGAGACCGUAAAUCAGAUGAUCGCCAGGAGUGAGGACGAGUUUGACCAGUUCAUGCGCAUGGAUCUGGAUCGCCGCCGCGAGGAAGCACGCAAUCCGAAGCGAAAGCCUCGUCUCAUGGAGGAGGACGAGCUGCCCACCUGGAUCAUGAAAGACGACGCCGAGGUGGAAAGACUCACCUGUGAGGAAGAAGAGGAGAAGAUGUUCGGCCGCGGCUCCCGUCAGAGGAAGGAGGUGGAUUACAGCGAUUCGCUCACAGAGAAACAGUGGCUGAAGGCGAUCGAGGACGGGACCCUGGAUGAGAUCGAGGAGGAGGUGCGCCACAAGAAAACGUCUCGGAAGAGGAGGCGCGAUCGAGAUCCGGACGCCAUCCCGUCCACUUCAGGCGCUCGCGGGGGACGAGAGAGAGACGACGACGGCAAAAGACAGAAAAAACGAGGUCGCCCGCCGUCCGAGAAGCUUUCGCCAAACCCUCCACCGCUCACCAAGAAGAUGAAGAAGAUUGUGGACGCUGUUAUUAAAUAUAAGGAGAAUAACGGCCGUCAGCUGAGCGAGGUGUUCAUCCAGCUGCCGUCACGCAAGGAGCUGCCCGAGUACUACGAGCUGAUCCGCAAACCUGUGGACUUCAGGAAGAUCAAGGAACGCAUCCGGAGCCAUCGAUACCGCAGCCUCAACGAUCUGGAGCGAGACGUGAUGCUGCUGUGCCAGAACGCUCAGACCUUCAACCUGGAGGGAUCACUGAUCUAUGAGGACUCUAUCGUGUUGCAGUCGGUGUUCAGCAGCCUGCGUCAGAAGAUCGAGAGAGAGGAGGAGAGUGACGGAGAGGAGAGUGAGGAAGAUGUG